AUGCCGCCAUUCGUUCCCCGCAAACGCUCGCGCUCUCCCGCGCCUGCAUCGGUUCCCAAACGCGCAAAGAAGAACAUCUUUGACGCGCUCGACGCGCCUUCCGGCAACACGAGCUCCUCCGCCGACCAGGCCUUUCUCGACGCGUUAAGCAGCGACAGCAGCGAUGAAUGCCUCAGCGACGCCGAUAGCGACGAGUUCGAGGACGUAAACAUCGCCAAAUCGAAGGCCAAAGCUUCCAAAGGCGCGGCCAAAGAUGCUAACGAUGGCGAAGACGAUGAGGACGAGAUGGAUUGGGAGGAUGCUCUGAAUGACCAAACGGAUACACCGGCGGCAGAUACUCCCCAGCCGAAGCUUGCGCCUUGGCAGCGCGGCCUAGACGACGCUGACGACGUGCUCGAAGUGUCGCUCGGUGGCCCCGCUGAAGCCAACGACGAGAUUGCGAGGAGGAAAGCGCUUGGAAUCAAGGGUCCCUCGAAGAAAGAUCGCCAACUUCGAAUCUGGACCCACUGCAUGCACGUACAAUUACUACUAUGGCAUAAUCACAUACGAAAUGGCUGGGUAUGCGACAAAGAGGUCCAGAAGAUAUUAGUGGAGCAAUUACCAGAGGGCGUGAAGAAAGAGGUCCAGCGCUGGCGGAGAGACUCCGGCCUACCGCCAGACCCGUCGCUUGAGCCGCCGCCAAAGGUUAAGGGGAAGAAAGGACCGGCAAAGGGCAAGGGAAAAGAGAAGAGUGAUAGACAUUCAGAGAGAAAUCAGCGGGACUGGGGAGGAACUGCAGGUCGCACCGAACCAGGCACCCCGAAUUUGAGUCAAGGAGACCCUCUGUACCGACUUUUAACAUAUCUGGCUGCCUACUGGAAGAAACGCUUUCGAAUCACUGCACCGGGUCUGCGCAAAAAGGGCUAUUUUCCUACAGCAAAGUCGCUUGCUACUGAGACCAAAGCCUGGCAGGCAACCAGGGAGGACUCGUCAAAGCAGAAGAAAGUAGAAAAGGAGAAGCCUAACACUGAAGAGUACGACAUUGAAAGGUUCGGGGAGCGGAUCCGCGACAAGGCAGAGUUUCUGGAGGCAGCACGAACAUGCAGAGGUAGUAGGGAUGUCGGUGCUCAGCUCUUUACUGCACUUGUCAGGGGUAUAGGUCUGGAGGCCCGUAUGGUAGCAAGCCUCCAGCCCAUAGGAUUUGGAUUUACGAAAGUGGAAGAAGUCAUCAUGAAAAAGGGAGAGAAUAGCAAGACCGAGGAUCCGAAGUCGAAUGCGGAUGCGCAGGCAGAUGCCGCCACCGAUUCAAACGCGAAGAAGACUACUGCUAAAUCGCAAAAGCCUGUUCACCCAACUGCGAAGAAAUCAUCUACUAGAAAAUCCGGCACGAAACCCUUAGCUGUCGUCCCUGAUGAGGAUAGUGAUAGCUCACUCAGCUCAGCAAAGUCCGACAUUUCUGAUGCAUCAAAGCCAGCCACGGCACUGAGCAAGAAACACUACGACACGGAUCUAAAGUACCCAGUUUACUGGACCGAGGUUUUGUCGCCUAUAUCUAAUACCUACAUCCCCGUCUCACCACUUGUCAUUGCUACAGUCGCUUCAACACCUGAAUUUCUAUCAGCGUUUGAACCCCGAGGUGCCGCAGCUGAUAAAGCCAAACAAGUGAUCUGCUAUGUUAUCGCAUACAAUGCAGACGGAACUGCCAAGGAUGUAACAGUCCGCUAUCUCAGGGGUCGCAUAUGGCCCGGCAGGACCAAAGGUUUCCGCAUGCCCGUUGAAAAAGUCCCCGUCUACAACAGACACGGCAAGGUCAAGCGCUACGAGGAAUUCGACUGGUUCAAACGCGUCAUGUCGAACUACACGCGCGACGGACGCUUGCGCACCGAGGCCGACAAGAUUGAGGACGAGGCAGACCUCGUUCCGAUCAUGCCACACGUCUCCAAAAAGGCCGAAAGCGGCGUGCCUGACACCCUCCAGGGCUACAAGAACAGUGCCGAGUACGUCCUCGAGCGCCACUUGCGCCGCGAGGAAGCCAUCCGCCCGACCGCCAAACCGUUCAAGACUUUCUUCACCGGCAAGGGCGACAAGGCCAAGGCCGAACCCGUCUUCCUGCGCAAAGACGUCGUGGCGUGCAAGACGGCCGAAUCGUGGCACAAGGAAGGCCGCCAGAUCAUGCAGGGAGCGGUGGCCAUGAAGCGGGUGCCCAUCCGGGCGGUGACGCUGAUCCGCAAGCGCGAGAUCGAGGAGGCGGAGCGCGAGAGCGGCGAGAAGGCCAUGCAAGGGCUUUACGCGCGCGAGCAGACGGAGUGGAUCGUGCCGCCGCCCAUCCGCGACGGCAAGAUCCCGCGCAACGCCUUCGGCAACAUUGACGUCUACGUGCCGACCAUGGUGCCCCAGGGCGCCGUGCACAUCCCCCUCCGCGGUACGGUGCGCGUUUGCAAGAAGCUUGGUAUCGACUUCGCCGAGGCGGUUACUGGAUUUGAGUUCGGCCGCCAGAUCGCCGUGCCGGUGCUGACGGGCGUCGUGGUGGCCGAGGAGAAUGGCGAGCUUGUGCGUGAGGCGUGGCGUGCUGAGCAGAAAGCGAAGCAGGAGAAGGAAGAUAAGAAGAGGGUGGAGACUGCGUUGAAGAUGUGGCGCAAGUUCAUGCUGGGGCUGAGGGUGAUUGAGAGAGUGAAGGAGGAGUAUGGAGAGGGCAAAGAUGGUUUGGAUGACGUGGUGAACCCGUUUGCGAGGAAGAAGAGGGAGGGCGAAGUGGGGAAUACUUUCGAGAGGAGGUUCGGGGACGAAUUCGAGGAUGAAGAGGAAGAGGGUGGUGGAUUCCUAAAAGAAGAUGAAAAGGAUCUAGGUCCUGGUGGGUUCUUUUUGCCUGGCCAGGAGGAAGAUCCUGGAGAGGGUGGCUUCAUCCGUGAAGAAGAUGAGCACACUGGUGGAGGUGGAUUCUUGCGCGAUGGUGAAGACAACGCAGUCGAAGGUGGUGGAUUCAUCAUUGAAGGCCACGACAGCAAGGAAAUACCGACGACCUCACAAGACUACCAUGCUGCCGGAGAUGCUCAGGACGCCCCAUUCUCCCUACAAUCCGCUCAUCAUCAUUUCUCAAAGGCGAACGCUGAAGAAACCCCUCAUGACGAGGGCGAAGAGAGCGAAAGCAACAGCCCGCCACCAAAGAAACGUGCCACCCGCGGCAACACCAAAGGGCGUGGCCGAGGUCGUGGCAGAGUGCGGGCAGCUACCACGACUAGCACACGAGGCAGGCGGAAGUCCUUUGAGGCAGAUGGUCUGGAUGAGACUGCAAAUGACUCUGAUGAUCUGCCAUCAGCACCAUCUGAGUCUGAUUCUCCGGUCUCUUCGGCGCCGGACGUGGGCGACGAGUCAGAGUCGGAGUCUGGUGCUAAGCACACGCAAAUCAGGGACAUGAAGGUGGCAGCGAUCAGGCUAGAGGCGAAGAAGCGGAUGAAACAUCAAAAACACGGUCGCGCCGAGGUGGUCGUGGUCGUGGGCGCGGAAGAGGGAGAGGGAGAGGGCGUUCAUGAGAACAGUUCAUCACCUGAGUAA